AUGGCCUCCAGUCGGCAAGCCAAAAUCGAAAGAUACAAGCAGAAGAAGGAACUGGAGAACAGGCUGGCCUCUAUGAAAACCUUUGUGGAGAGCGGGCAGGCGGAUGAGGAUCAGAUACGGGAAUUUUACAUACUACAAAUCCAGAAAUGGAUCAACACCAGCCUGGAGGAAAUUGAGAGCAUCGACCAAGAAGUGGUCAUCCUGAGGAGCAGAGGUGCAGCGAAACAGUCUUCAGCACCGCCGCACGGUACCUCUCGGCAAGCCAGGGCUCCGCUGAAACCUUUCAUUCUCACCCGGGAUGCUGCUCAGGCUAAGGUGUUUGGAGCCGGGUACCCCGGCCUGCCCACGAUGACCGUGGAUGACUGGUACGAGCAGCGCAGAAGGCAAGGAGUCGCGUCCGGUCCGAGCGCACCAGCAGGUAUAACCGAUGAAGAGUCCCAGAAGCAGCAGCAGGAGAAAAAAGAGGAGGAGGACAACGAGGAAGCUCUUCAGAAAGCUCGGGACUGGGAUGACUGGAAAGAUACACACCCAAGGGGCUACGGCAACCGGCAGAACAUGGGCUGA